GCAACAGCUCCCUCACCAGCCACGCUCACAUGCAACGGGAGGUGGCUUGUUAUCGGUGUUUCAGCGCGUACGGGGCAUUUCAUCAAUCAGUGACCUCAUCUCUUCAGAGGUCAGCUCAGCUGUCACGUCACGUCUGGCAGAGCUUCCACCUCUGAGAGGACAGGCACCACCUCAGGUUCAUGGACGACCACCUUCUAUCAAACCUUCUUCCAUUGUCUCGUCCUUUCUCUCCAAUACCCAGCUGCAAGGGGAGCAGCUCUUGCCUUUUUUUCUUUGACAGACGAUCCCUGCAAACUAUUUAAUCCUCCACCAGUUCAAGUUCAAUCUUUCUCAUCUACCUACUGCAAACCCAGCUUGCAAUUUCCAACAUCUACCCACUACGGAGCUCUCGGCGUCAUGGCGGUUCAGACGCGCAUUGCAACCACAUCGUCAAUCGCGUUGAGAGUGGUCUCAUACCUCUUUCUGCGAUGGUUUCCCGGCCCGGCUGCUGUGCCCAUGAGCAUAUUCGCACUCUUUGCAGUGUUCGUGCCUUCCUUCGUAUCUGGCUAUAUCAAUGAGCCAAAGUACGAUGUCGUGGAAGACGACGUUGACGUGACGGUCAAAGAGACUGUGGCAGAAGACGUCGACGGCGCCACCAACGGCCAUGUCGUUGCUGAAGAAAUCCGAGUUGAAGAAACCAUCGUGGUCAAGGAGAAGUCUAGCCCACUGAAGACACUCCUCGCCGGCACACCGAGCUCAACCAGCCCCGUUCUUUCCAUCUUGACCUUUCUGAUCAACUUGGCCUUGGUCGCAAUGACGGCCGACUUCUUGUUCCGCGUUCGACAGUACCACCCUGUCGACGACCUCUCCUUUGUGCGCCUUGGCUAUGUCUCUCCGACAGAGGCAAAAUUCGUCAUUCGCGAACCCGACCAGGCCAAGAUGCCCGUUACGUUGGAGAUUCACAUCAAGGACCCGCAGCCACCGUUUGACAACCCCAUGUGGCAGCUUGGUGGCGGACUGAGGUUCACUGACAACACGACCGACUUUGCGACCACCUUGACCGUGCCCCUGAAGCACUCCCAGCAGAGAGUCUACGAAUGGCGCACGUCCAACAAUCACAGCGGCGAGUUCGUGGCCCCACCUAGAGCUGGGCAGAUGUCGACCUUCAACGACAACAAGUUCACCUUCUUGUCGACUUCGUGCAUCCUCCCGCGCUUCCCGUACAACCCCUUGGAGCACGCCCUGGCGAUUCCCGGCAUGCGCCACCUGGCGAGGGUCUUGCCUAGUCUGCAGGCCCAGUUCAUGCUCUUCUUGGGCGACUUCAUCUACAUUGACGUACCCAAACGCCAGGGCAAGAACGAAGAGGACUACCGCCAAAAGUACCGCCACGUCUAUGCCUCUCCAGACUGGGCGCCCGUAGGACAGAACCUCAGCUGGAUUCACGUUCUCGAUGAUCAUGAGAUUGGCAACGACUGGUCCUCAAAUACCACUGGCGUAUACCGGGCCGCAAUCGAGCCGUGGCACCACUACCAGGAGUUGGCCAACCCCCCUCCUGCUCGUGUUGCCGGGACCACGAACCUCCGCCGACAGGGCGCUACCUACUUUGAGUUUGUCCAGGGCCCCGCGAGCUUCUUCAUGCUCGACACGCGCUCGUACCGAUCCGACAAUGACGUUCCCUCCGACAGCCCGGAGAAGACGAUGCUGGGUGCUGAGCAGCUGGAGGACUUCCUCGCCUGGCUGAACCGGCCUGAGCCCAAGGGCGUCAAGUGGAAGAUUGUUGCCUCGUCGAUUCCUCUGACUAAGAACUGGCCCAUCAACCGCAAGGAUACAUGGGGAGGUUUCCUAGUGGAGCGUCGCAAAAUUUUGGAGGCCAUGUGGGAUGCUGGCGCCAGGGGCGUUGGCGUUGUCGUCGUCUCUGGCGAUCGUCACGAGUUUGCGGCCACCAAGUUCCCCCCUCCCGCCGAUGGAAGAUGGCCCGAGAGCGCCGCCGCGUACGAGUUUUCAUGCAGCCCCCUGAACCAAUUCGCAUCGCCGUUGCCAAGCUACAGACAAACCGACAACGAGGAUGUGUCUCUCAAGUACAUCCACUCUGGCAACUCCAAGUUCGGCUCUUUGACUAUUGAGAACCUGGCGGAGGGUGAGCAGAGCUCUCUCAAGUACAACCUAUACAUUGACGGCGAGAUCGUUUGGAACACGAUCAUCCUGUCACCCUCGGUCGAGAAGGCCCCCAGCACGUUUUGGGAUAAGUUGAAGGGAAACUAGGAUAGACGGGUAGAUAGAGGCGAUAUGGUCACCAGCAUCGGAAUUUGAAUAACGUUAUUUCAAGCAAGACAUGGCAG